AUGUUAAAAGUUGAAAUGAUUUCUGCUACAACUUUGACAUGUAAGAUAGAAAGAGGUGGAUUUUUAGGAUCAUACAAAGAUGUAUUUGUGCCAAAUGUUACAUUCGCAAUGAGUAAUUUUACGGAAAAGGAUAAACGAGAUAUAGAAAUGGCCGUAAAAAAUCAGACAGCCAAUGGUAUAAUCGUAACAAGACAAGAGUUAGGUUCAGACAUAACUCCCAAAAAGUUAGUCAUAGCGCAAAAAAAUAUGAUAGCUCGGGCGAAUAAGGCCAAUAUUCCGGUGCUUAUUAGUGCCCACCUUUUAAGUAGCAUGCGAUACAAGAAGAUUCCGUUAAGAGCUGAGCUAUUAGACAUCGGCAAUUGCAUUCUUGAUGGCGCUGAUGGUCUUAUCCUCACUGCAGAAACAGCUGUAGGACUAUACCCUGAAGAAACGGUUGCUUAUUUAGCUGGUGCUUGUAAAGAAGCUGAAGCUUGCACACCACUACCUUGUGAUCAAGUUACUGGGACAGCUCUAGCAGCAGUUCUGGCAGCUCAAAGAGUUUUAGCAGCAGCGAUUGUUGUUGUAACUAGUACGGGGAAUUCUGCUCAAGUGAUAGCGAAGUACCGACCAAGAUGCCCCAUUAUGGCAGUCACCAGAUACGCGCCUAUAGCCAGGAAAUUACAUUUGUGGAGGGGUAUCAUGCCUAUUGUUUAUGAAGAGUCGCCUGAUGUCGAUUGGCAGAAUGAUCUUGACAAAAGGGUCAAUUAUUGCAUAAAAUGGGCUAUCGCUAGAGGCUUUGUCAGAAUCGGCGAUCCUGUUGUUAUUGUUUCUGGUUGGCGACAAGGUUCUGGCUUCACAAACACUAUGAGAAUUGUAUACGCUGUAGCUGAAGGUUGA